AUGGGGUCUCUCCUUUCUUUCCUAAUUCACCCUUUUGAUGCCCUUCAACCAAAACAUCAAGACAAUGACGGCAAUAUUAACGACUUAUUAUACCACCUCACACUAUGCGUAGCCUUCGGCAUAUGGACAGUGGCGAGACGAUACCAGAAUGCUCAAAACAGAGCGAUACCCUUCCGCAUCCCUCCAUUAGACGCAGCAGAGCCGAAAUUCACUGGCAAAAUGAUCUCCAAUGCUACUAUCGAAUCCCACAAAUCUGACAACACCCUCCUUCCCGCCUAUACUCUCCAGGAACGCGAAUAUAUCACCAACUUUGAUCCCGCGACGGGUUAUCACCUUGGGACUUACAUGGCUGACAGCGUUGAAGACAUUGAACAUAAGAUUCAAAAAGCAUCUGUCGCGCAGAAGGAAUGGCGGAGGACUACAUUCGCAGAUCGCAGACGCGUUGUACGUAGUCUGAAAAAAUGGCUGGUGGAACAUCAGGAGGUUUGCGCGCGGACUGCUUGUCGAGACACGGGCAAAACACUUAUCGACGCUGCGCUGGGCGAGAUCCUGACAACAUGUUCGAAGAUGGAUUGGCUAAUUCAACAUGGCGAGCGCUAUCUGCGACCACAGACGAGGAGAACCAACCUCAUGCUCAGUUAUAAGAAGUCGCAAGUGCAUUAUGAACCUUUAGGCGUCGUUGCUGCAAUAGUAUCUUGGAACUACCCUCUGCAUAAUGCCUGGUCACCAAUUCUCGCCGCCAUCUUCGCUGGUAAUGGGGUGGUUCUGAAGUGUUCAGAACAAGUGAUUUGGUCAACGACUUGGUUUGUUGACGUCAUCCGCAAGUGUCUUGAAGUGUGCGGGUUUGAUCAAGAGCUAGUGCAGUUGGCCUGCUGCCUACCUGCCCAAGCCGAAGCUUUGACACAGUCCCCAAUUAUCAAACACAUCACGUUCAUUGGCUCUGAACACGUUGGCCGCGAGGUCGCCAAAGCUGCCACGAAGCAUUUAACUCCCGUGACUCUGGAACUUGGAGGCAAGGAUCCCGCAAUUAUCCUGCCUGGCACUGAAAUCGAUAAGUGGGCCAGUAUCUGGAUGCGUGGAAUCUUCCAAAAUGCCGGCCAGAAUUGUAUCGGUAUCGAACGCGUGAUUGUUCAUUCAUCACAGUAUGACGAAGUCUAUCAGCUAUUGGUUGAGCGUGCGAGCGGCUUGCGCUGUGGCUCCGCGUUGACGGCCGACAGUGUAGGCAGUGGUGUAGAUUGCGGUUCCAUGAUUUCGUCUCAACGCUUCGAAGUCUUGGAACAAAUAAUCACGGAUGCAGGAUCACAUGGUGCAAAGAUUGAGCUUGGUGGAGCUCGUUUGCGCCAUCCAUAUCUCGAAAGCGGGGCGUAUUUUGCGCCAACAGUCAUCGGCAAUGUGACCCCCGAUAUGAACGUUGCUAAACAAGAAUUGUUUGCUCCGGUGGCCGUUGUAAUGCCAUAUGAUGAGAUCGAAGAUGCUAUCGAAAUAGCGAAUGGCACAGGAUAUGGUCUGGGUGCCAGUGUCUUCGGUCCCGACCAAAACCAAUGUUUAGACAUCGCGAAGCAAUUGGAAUGCGGGAUGGUCUCUGUGAAUGACUUUGCAGUUUUCUAUUUAAAUCAAGAUCUGCCCUUUGGAGGAUUUAAAGCCAGCGGUUAUGGGCGAUUUGGUGGGCCUGAAGGCCUCCGCGCCCUCACAAAUCCUAAAGCCAUCGUAACUGACCGUUGGCCUUGGCUUAUCCAAACUGGUAUUCCGAAGCCUUUGGACUACCCGAUCCGUUCGCUUUCGCAAGGCUGGGACUUCGUGAGCGGCCUGAUUGGGCUCUUUUAUGCUGACGGAUGGCGUGGUCGCUUCCAAGGCUUGAACAAGCUCUGGUUAUCAAGAUAA